CCCCUACACCCUGCUACUCCGACGUCGAUUUUAUCUCCACCCCACUCCCCAAACCUGAGGUACCCCCGACUUCCCUUCCGCCUAAGUUCAUAAGGUUCAUGUUGGUCACCAGGCAACUGUGUUAGCUUAACCCUGUAACGCCAGGCAAGCGUCCCUUAAACACGAAUGCUGGGUGUAUUUACCCAUUAUCUGGUAAUCCACUCUGCCCCUAAGACCCAGGUCUCAAUAUCGGUGAAGAGUGGUGUAGUCACAACCAACAGGGCAUGGGAAAAGGGUGGCAUAUUUCAGCUUCACAAAUGAGUCGGAUUAAACUUACGUUUGUCACCCUGUGCAUAUUGACCGUGAUGGUUAUGAUGAUAGUUCAACUGAAGAACAAAGGGAAACUUGAGGAAACGUCAAGCAACAUACCCGUCAAUAGCGACGAGGAACAUAUAUCUGUGGAACCAAAUAGUGGAAGAAUGGUAAGCGAUGUCCCCCGCUAUCUGGAUGAGGCCACCAUGAUAAAGGAAGGUAAGCAACGGGACACCCGGAAGUGCACAAGUGCACGCCACUCUUCAAUGAUGCUGUUGGAUCCCAAGCCGCUGUACAGAGUUGGGGACGUCAUAAAAGUUGAGAUCAACACUUUCAAUUAUUAUGGCGAGAGGCAAACAGUCGGUGGCGAUUUCUUUAGGUUGUGGAUGGAAAACACCCGGCACAAAGCCGCAAUUGCUGGAGACGUCUUCGACAACAACAACGGCAGCUACACGGGUGUUCUCCGAGUUCAGUGGUCAGGCAUGGCGACGAUCCGCUGCUUUCUUGAGCGUCGUCGGGAGGAAAUAGCAAUGUUCUAUUCUAUCAUAGCUGAACAUGGUACGUUGUGGCAAUUGAAACGAGAGUUCGUAUUGGGGCUGUGGGUGACAGAGAGUACCCAAUGCAGUAUGACACGGAACAACUUGGGAGACGUUUGUAACUUUACAUUUCUUAAUGACGGUUUCCCGUGGUACUGCGAAAAGCCGAGGAGUAUAUUUUUAAACUGUGAUACGUACAGCAUGUCCUGGUCCCUCAACGUAGCCUAUCUACCAAAGGAGGCACAGCAACGUGACAUAUACUACUUAUCGUCCAAGCCCGACAAUGAUUUUCUUCGGUCCUCUGUCAACAUAACAAGCGUGCUGGAAACUGUGAAUAUCAAGAUCCACACACCUAAAACGCCCUGCAGUCAACUGUCACCAGAAGUAACAUGGCAACGCAAACGUCCUGUUGGUGUGAUCUACAGAAAUACCUGGAAACCCACACUGUGUUGGGACACUCUGGAAGAUACAGCCCAGGCUUAUCGACAAUGUCUGAAGAACCGGAGACUCUGGAUUCCUGGGGACUCAACCAGUCGUCAAUUCAAGGAGUCCCUUCACGAUACACUCAACUUGAAGUCCGCCCCCACAAGCCUUCACCCUCAGCUCUUGGAGGACAAGCAAGGCAAUCUUUCUGUGGCAUGGUUUGCUCAUGAAUUCCCUCUGUUUCACGGAAUGGAGCGGUAUUCCCCACUUGAUAAUCGGGCACAGCAUAUUCUCCUUGAAUCUCUGCCCAAUAACACAGUGGACAUCGUGGUGCUGUAUCUAUAUGUCCACUUCAAUUUAGUCCAUCCGGACAUAUACCGCCAGCAUGUACAGCGACUUGCUCGGGCUGCUGAGUCCCUCCUUGAUCGGGCCCCUGGUGUCACAAUAGCUGUACGGGGACCAUUUGCUUAUUACAGGAACCCAGCCCAGGAGCUUGUGUCCUACUGGGGACUGAUUUAUGCAGAUAUACUGCAUGAGGAGUUUUCCUCUAUGGUCCACAGGGUAGUGUAUAUAGACUACUGGGACAUGACUGUAGCCUUGGGCCCAAACCACAUUCACCCAAAAGCAGCAACCGUUAGGACUAUGAUUCACUAUAUGAUGUCUCUUCUCUGUCAUAGACGCAGGGGGGAUACAGCUGAACCAACGGACUAAAGUACCGUUACUCCGUCGAGAGGGUUGUGUCCCUUAGCUGUGCCAGGAUUUGCUGGUCAAGGGGUCGAAUUCACGAUUCGCCCCAGUUAAGAUCCUGUGUCUGUCAACACUUUAGGGCUCUUGGUCAAACGCCUGCGAUUUUCUGUUCACAUGAAGAUGACACGCCAUGGUAACUUAAACACUGUUUACUUUAAUUCCACCGGGUGACCUUAAAACGUUACUCAAUCAUUGGAUUUUAUGAACAACUGACAAACUCACCACUUUCAUUGGGCAGUAAAACACCUGAAAAUCUGCUCAAAACACAAACAAAUGUAUCCUACUUUUCCUUUUAACUAGACUCAUAGAGUUUAAUACACUAACGUGACCCAUAUUAUAACACAUAUUACUACUGAACCCUAUAGAGUGAGUGAGUGAGUGAGUGUGUUGUUCCCACCGCAAUCAGCAUUAUUACAGCUAUAUACCAUGAUGCUCUGUUAUAUAUUCUCUGGUGAAUACAACCCAGUGUCCUAUAGAGUG